UUGUUCUUCGCUUAGCGGAACCAUCUUCUCGCCACUAUUAGCGUCCGCCGCCGCCCGUCAGCAUGUCUUCGGAGCCGUAUGACCCGUACAUUCCCAGCGGCCAGGGAAGCCAAAAUGACAGAACAAAGAGGAUCCAGGAGCAAAUCGAUGACACCGUCGGUGUGAUGCGCGAGAACCUCAACAAGGUCGCGGACCGUGGCGCGCGUCUGGACCACCUGCAAAACAAGACAGACGACCUGGCGCAGUCCGCGCAGAGCUUCCGCCGCGGCGCCAACCAGGUCCGCAAGAAGAUGUGGUGGAAGGUGAGCGCAACCCUCGGAGCCGCGCUCACCAUCAAUCUUCGUCGGCAUCUGACGGUUCUUUGCAGGAUAUGAAGAUGCGCAUCUGGCUCAUUGUCGGCAUCGUUGUCCUUCUUGCCAUCAUCAUCAUCCCAUCAGUUCUCGCCACGAGACAUUAGACUCGGCGUCGGCGCUACGGUGACCAAGAGGGCGGUUGCGGAGCGGACACACAGGACGGGGGUUGCGCAUGGAAUGACGAUCCGCCGGGAACGGGAUUGAUGCUCGUCUGGGAUUUUGCUUUCUGGGAGUUUGUUUUCUGAUUUCAAUCACGGCCUCCUCGCUGGGCGCCACGGCCUGGCAGCGGGCCACUCGGCGUUGCGUGGACCUCAGCUUGGAGCGAUGAACUUGUCCCUACUGCACAUGUGUACUUAUGAUGGAUUGCGA